GCCCGGCCGCAUUGCUUUACCUAUUCCCGCCCCCUCGGUUGAAGCUGCUGCGGCCGCUGUCUCCGCUGCCGCUGUUGCCGCUGCCCUGCUGCUGCUGUUGUUGCUGUUGCUGCCGCCGCUGUUGUUGCUGCUGCGGCUGCCGCACUGACAAGUACAGUCCGCUCAGUGUUACUGGUUCCUGAAGGCCUCUGUGCUGUUUCCUGUCCUCAUGGAUGAACUGCAAGAUGUGCAGCUCACAGAGAUCAAACCGCUCCUGAAUGACAAGAAUGGUACACGAAACUUCCAGGACUUUGACUGUCAGGAGCACGACAUAGAAACAGCUCAUGGCGUGGUACACAUCACCAUGCGAGGCUCACCAAAAGGGAACAGACCAGUUAUUCUCACUUAUCAUGACAUUGGCCUAAACCAUAAGUCCUGUUUUAAUGCAUUCUUUAACUUUGAAGACAUGCAAGAGAUCACCCAGCACUUUGCUGUUUGCCAUGUGGAUGCCCCAGGCCAGCAGGAAGGUGCACCCCCUUUCCCAACUGGGUACCAGUACCCUACCAUGGAUGAACUGGCUGAGAUGUUGCCUGCCGUCUUAACUCAUUUAAGCUUGAAAGGUAUCAUUGGAAUUGGAGUUGGAGCUGGUGCUUAUAUCCUCAGCAGGUUUGCUCUCAAUCAUCCAGAGCUUGUGGAAGGCCUUAUGCUCAUCAAUGUUGACCCCUGCGCUAAAGGUUGGAUUGACUGGGCAGCCUCCAAGUUCUCAGGCUGGACAACUAACAUCGUAGACAUUAUUUUGGCUCACCACUUUGGGCAGGAUGAGUUGCAAGCCAAUCUAGACCUGAUCCAAACAUAUCGACUCCACAUUGCUCAAGAUAUUAACCAAGAAAAUCUGCAGCUGUUCCUGGGUUCAUAUAAUAGUCGCAGAGAUCUGGAGAUUGAAAGGCCUAUUCUGGGCAAUAAUGACAACAGAACAAAAACUCUGAAGUGUCCUACAUUACUGGUGGUAGGAGACAGCUCACCUGCAGUUGAAGCUGUGGUUGAAUGCAACGCUCGCCUGGACCCUAUGAACACAACUCUGCUAAAGAUGGCAGAUUGUGGCGGGUUGCCUCAAGUGGUUCAGCCUGGGAAGCUGACAGAAGCCUUCAAAUACUUUGUGCAGGGAAUGGGCUAUAUCCCGUAUGUGCAGCUCAGCCACCUGAGCGCCGAGUCAGUACCAGCAGCCAGUAUGACUCGGCUUCUCCGAUCACGCACCCACUCCACGUCCAGCAUAGGCUCCGGAGAAAGCAUCUACAGCCGGUCUCUCACCAGCACGCAGUCAGAGGGAACCCCAGGUGCCCUCGAGCCAGCUGACAUCCUGGACAGGCCGCAGACCAUGGAGGUGUCCUGCUAAGCAGACGUGCCUCUCCUGGACCCAUCCGAGUCCUCCCCCGACUGACCAGACCCAUAAUAUAGCAUUUCAUCCAGCAAACUGGCAUUUACUGUCCUUACUCAUGCAUGGCCACUUGUAACCUCUUCAUUAGCCUGGAUUGAUGGUUCUUUUAGCCUUUCUUUUGUACAUACCCAGUGACCCCCACACGGUCACCCUAACAUUCCAGUUCUAGCAGAUAAUGUCCACAGCCUUCCUCGUGCUUUCUCAACUAUUUAUCAGCUAAGGUUUCUCUGAUCCCGGUUCUCUAUCUGUGUGUGCAUAUGUGUGUGUGCGCGCGCGCGUGUGCCUAGUUCUGUGAAUUUAGAAUCGCUUUCUUGUUAAGCUUCUGCAAAGGAAAAAAAGGGACUUGUUUUUUCCUUUCUGUUUUCAGUGGUGUUUUCAGGGGAGAAAACACAGAACCAACUUUGUUUGGCCGGGCCAAUGAGUUCUCUUGUGCUAUGUAGCUCUCAGUUCAGUUCAGUUGGUUUGCAAGCUUACUUGACUUCAGAGUAAUGCUGAGAAGUGUAAAAAAGGUCAAAAUGAGUACUUGUACCUCUCCUGCUUAAGAAUAAAGGGAAAACCUCCCGCACAAAGAGGGAAGGGAGGCCGGCCUGGUGCUUCUGUUCAAGUGAAUCCACAUACACUAUUUAUUCUAUAGCCAAAUAAAAAGGGAGCAAAGUAUUCUCCCCCAAGAGCCCGGGAGCAGUGAUGGUUCUGGUACAGAGUGGAGUCGUUUUUGAAAACUGUGUGUAGGGUUUAAUUACCAGACUCUCUCUUGCUGCAGAAAUAUUGAAGGCAAAAUGUAGGGUUCCCACUGUCCGGGGCCCAGAGGUGUGGAGAGGCCUGGGCCCUCCCCUGCUGCUGUAGGGCAGAAGGGACUGCUGUUCAAACAACUCCUAAGAGUACUCCUGUGGAUGGCAGCGGGCUCAUCUCCAGAGAACACAGCCCAGCUCUUCCAAAGCUGAACAGGAGGCAGCUCUGUGGAUGAACAGGGUUCUGUAGCCAUCCUUGUGGUACACUGAUAUCCCGUGUGCUGGCAGACCUUUUGCAAGCUCCAUUAAAAAUGACAUUAAACACAGUUGUCUGAAAGAUCCUUUGCCUUGUCAACUCCCUUUUUUGUGAGAGAGAGAAGGUGCUUCCAGGGGAAGUCUCCACCCGGAGCUCACAGGGAGAGAGCCCCAGCCUGGGGCCUGGCCUGGCUUUCUCAGCGACAAACUCUUUGCCUAGUUCGCCUGGUGCCGAGUCGGGGGUGGUGCAAGGGCUCUUGGGGGUAGGUUGCUUUAAACUGCAGAAAUAGAAAAGAAGCUGUUCUGCUAGAGUACAACUUUUUACAAAUUAUUAAAUAAAGCCGUAUAUGUCUCAUUGUUA